AUGGCCACAGACGCAGACAUCAGGAAGCUCAGGGCGGGCAUCAUGGCAUCUGUGAAGAGCGCCAGAGCUUACAUCACCUCCAUCAAGGCUGCGGAUCUCUCCUUCCUCUCCUGGGAGUACGUUGUCUCCCUGAGGACGCACGUGGAGCAGAAGCGAGCGGAGUUCUUGGGCGUCCAGGACCAGCUCAUCGCGGAGGCGAUGGCGACAUCUGAUGAUGCGGUCAAGCGCGAGGAGUCCAUCAGAGACGACGUCUUGGCUGAGGUGGACGGCUUGCUGAGUCACAUCGAGAAGAUGUUGUCUCGCAUGACGCCGCCUUCAUCUGCGUCCACGGAGCCUGCGGCUGCGAAGACGGCGCCGGCGGCUGCGAAGACGGCGCCUGAUACCGAGAUCUUCUGCACCUUGAUGAGAGAGAUGAUGGCGCAGAACCAGCAGCAGAUGAUGCACUUGAUCUCGACGCUCUCAAAUCCAACCGCAAGUACCAAUAAUAGUUCUGCCCAUCUGGCCAAGCCACCCAUAAAACUGCCCCAGAUUAGCUUGCCCACAUUUGGUGGCAGAUACGCGGAUUGGAUGUCGUUUAGAGAUCGCUUCGAGUCAUGUAUCGUUAAGCAUCCCUCCCUGUCUGACGUCGAGAGGCUCAAUUAUCUCCAGUCCGCCCUCUCUGGUGACGCAGCCUCCACAAUUAAGCACCUGCCCACUAUCGGUGCCAAUUUCAGUGUGGCUUGGAGGCUGCUCCGAGAGCGCUAUGAGCGGAAGAAUGAAAUCGUGGCCGAACAUGUGCGCUCAUUUUAUCAAAUGCCCUCAGUCUCCGACGAUCCUCAUGCCAUUCGCUCCAUUUGCAAUCUCCUUUCCGAGUCCCUCCUGGCACUCGACGCUCUCCAGGUGACUGGACGCGACCCGUGGAUCAUCCAGUUCACCUUGGACAAGCUGGAUACUGAAUCUCGAGUGCUCUGGGGAAGGGAGUGUGGCUCGGAAGUGCCUACAAUGGAACAGUUCCGCAAGUUCCUCAAUCAGCGCUGCAUAGACGCUGCCAAUGCCUCUGAUCCUCCGUCUACACUGUCCUCAGACUCACGGUCUCAAUCUUCUAAGCCUCACAGUGACACGAAGAAGAAGGUACAGGCAUUCCACAAUGCCUCCACAGCAUCAACCUGCCGAUGCUGCAGUGAGGCCUCUCAUCCGCUGUACCGCUGCCCGCGCUUUAUCGCUCAGAAUCCAACGGAGAGAUUUGAGACCGUGAAGAAACUCAACUUAUGUCGAAACUGCCUGGCCUCACAUCACACUUCUGCCUGCACAUUCCACAGCUGCAAGAAGUGCCAGGCCCGGCACAAUGUCCUGCUGCACGAGAAGUUCGCGGACGAGGCUCCUGCCAACCUGCCGGCUCCUUCUCCUCAUCCGCCGAACCCAAACUCUGCAGAGGAUCCCUCCUCGUCGUCUGAUGGGCCAUCAAAUCCAGCCCCGGAGAAUUCGGCUGUGUCUCUCACCGCUUCCACCUGGCCGACAAAUUGCCAUCCUUCUGCCUAUCCAAAGGUCUUUCUGGCAACGGCCAUGGUGGACAUUCUUACGGGAGACAACCAGCGAAUUUCCUGCCGUGUGAUGCUGGACGGAGGCGCGCAAGUGAGCAUCAUGACGACGAGUUUGUACAAUCGCCUGAGGCUGCCCAAGAAGCCAUCGAAUAUCUCCAUCCUAGGGGUGGGCAGUCAGGUGAAUCCGGUGAAGCACAAGGUCACUGCCACUGUCUUCUCCCAGAAGAGUGGCCAAUCUUUCACCUUCGACUGCCACAUCCUCCCGAAGAUCUCGGGCAACAUUCCCAACUGGCCUGUGGACACGAGGGCAAUUCGAGUGCCUCCAGGUGUGGAGAUGGCGGAUCCUCAGUGGGACGUCCAGCGCCCAAUCGACCUGCUGAUUUGUGGCGACGCCUACUGGGGAAGUCUCCUGCCCGACAGGAUCAGCUUGGGAGAAGGACUGCCUCAGCUCCAGCGGACCGCCUUUGGAUACGUGAUGGUCGGCGAGCAUCUGCCGCCUCAUUACGCGGUCCAUGUCCAUCACGUCCAGGCGGAGCCUGCUCUGGAUGAGGCGCUGAUCGAGCCCCCGGAUGUGGACGGCAUCUCGGAGGAGGCGUCGGCUGCUGACCGUCAGCUGAAGGCUGGCCUUUGGCGCUCCGCGGCCAGUAUGGACGGGACAUCGCCACGGAUUCCGCGCCAACAUGGAGUUGGUCGGAAUGAUGCGAUUCCCGGGGAGUGCGGGGGAUGGCGGAGGACAUCACCUGACGUGGCGCCGGCUCAUCGCGCUCGCCAUCGUGGGGCCGCCGAGGAGUGGCGGUGCGGCAUGCACGAGAGAGAGGCCGCGGAUGGCGCGUCGCGCGGCGCUCUUCCGGCUCAUCUUGAGGCCGACUUAUGGCGAUCGGAGGCCUUUAAACCGCCAUGGAGCCUCCGAAAUACGGUGCCGCCUCCAUCGUGCCUUUCGGGUCGUUCCGCGGCGGAAGUGGGGACUCUGCUAGACUGGCAGAGUGGAUCGGCCGCGGCGUGGAGCCACUGGGAUGGAGCGGCGGGACUUCUCGUGGAUUCCCCUCUCAUGAGUGAGGGAGAUCCUGCGGGCGACGCGUUUUGGAGGUCGCCCGUCUGCCAGACUCUGCGGGAGAACUUUCUGGACGGCUCCAAUUCGAGGAUCGGCCCGUCCAGCCCCGGGGAGGAUGUUCAGGAGAACUUGAAGUGA